AUGUGGCUAGACCGACUGGCCGGGAAUCAGGCCAACAACCUGUCUGCCCCUCCUCCGGGCUCUCAACCCUCCAGCAGACCGUACUCUCCGCUCCCUCGCCGCGUGUCGAACAAUCUCAGUCCCUACGCCACGUCGCAACGUCCCGGCGGCCAGCAGCAACAACAGCCGCGCCGGACCUCGUCGCUCUCGCUGGCUACAAAUGACUCGACCACGUCUCUGCUGUCGUCUGCACGUAAGCCCGUGGGAUCGGGCCUCAGGCAGGCCGAGACGGCACCCCACGAUGCCGCCAACCGUUCCCUGGAGAUUCUCGACAGGCUCCUCCGCACGGCGGAUGACCACGAUGCGCCGCGCAGCACCAUUACCGACCAUGAUUUCCAGCUUGACCCAGACUUUGGUGGACUAUCGUUAAGAGAGUUGGCCGAUUCUGAGCCUGGAAACCCUCCCUCAAGGGUGCCUGCACGGCCGCAACCCCCCCAAGACUACGAGAAGCAGCAGACCAAGUUCGACGACCUACGCCGAUCCAUAAACGCCUGCGACCAGGUCCUCAGCUCUGUCGAGACGUAUCUCGCCAGCUUCCAGUCCGACCUGGCCACCGUGUCGGCCGACAUAGAAUCGCUGCAGACCCGGUCGGCCACGCUCAACCGACGGCUGGAUAACCGUAAAGCGGUGGAGAAGGCGUUGGGCCCGCUCGUCGAGGACCUGAGCAUCUCACCCGAAGUCAUCUCCAAGAUCUCCGAGGGCCAUAUCGACGAGAUGUGGGCCAAGAUGCUGUCCGAGAUUGACCGUAGGACGGCAUCUUACGAGGCGGCCAAGGCCAGGUCGCAGCACUCCAAGGCAUCGGAAGAUCUGGGGCCUUUGCUUGAGAAGUUGACUGCCAAGGCCAUUCAAAGAAUACGAGAUUUCCUAGUGGCGCAGAUCAAGGCCCUACGAUCACCGCACAUCAACGCGCAGAUCCUGCAGCAGCAGAAUUUUCUGCGGUUCAAGGACCUCUUUACCUUCCUUCAUAAACACCACAGCGCGCUGGCCGAGGAGAUAUCGCUGGCGUACAUGAACACGAUGCGUUGGUACUACGCCAACCAGUUUGGACGGUACGAGCGGGCCCUGGCCCAGCUGAAGCUGCACGUGCUGGACCGCACCGAUGCCCUGGGCCAGGAGGACAUGUCCCGGCGGGCGACGGUGCUGACGGGCGGGUCGCGCGUGGCGGCCGGACCGCCCCACGACGCCUUCAACCUGGGCCGCCGCAUCGACACGCUCCGCACAGACGACCAGUCGGCCCUGUCGUCGUACCUAGCCGAAGAGGACCCGUCGACGCACUACCUUGAGGUGCCCUUCCGUAACUUUAACCUGGCUCUGGUUGACAACGCCACGGCCGAGUACACCUUCCUGGCUACCUUCUUCUCCCCGGCCCUGUCAUACGCCACCAUCUCCAAGAACUUCAACUACAUUUUCGACCCCACAUUUGACCUGGGCCGGACCCUGUCCAAGACGCUCGUCUCCGACUCAUACGACGCCCUCGGCGUGCUCCUGUGCAUCCGCCUCAACCAGCGCUUCGCCUUUGAGUUGCAGCGCCGCAAGGUCCCUGCCCUGGAGGGCUACGUCAACGCCACAAACAUGCUCCUUUGGCCGCGCCUGCAGCUCAUCAUGGACCGUCACUGCGAGUCGGUACACACCCUCGCAUCGGCAGUAGAACACGGCGGCGGUGCCGGCGGCGGCGGCGGCGGCAGCAGCAGUAAGAACCUGUCCGCCGCGCCCCACCUUGUCGCCCAGCGCUUCGCACAGAUCCUCCACGGCUUCCUCUCCCUCAGCGCCGACGCGAGCGACGAUGAGCCCGUGGGCGCUAGCCUGCGCCGUCUGCGUAAUGAGGUCCAGUCCUUUCUCGAUAAACAGGCCCAGGCCUAUUCCGCCGGCGCAGAGAGGCAGAAGGGAAAGCGCUUCCUCUACAACAAUAUCUCCCUCAUCCUCACCAUCAUCAGUGACACCGACGGUAAGCUCGCCCUUGAGCACCAGUCGUACUUUGAGGAUCUCAAAAAGAAAUAUCAGGAUAUCAACUAA